CGGUGCCAACACAACGCGUGGCGUUCAGUCAUACCCACCAGCACCCUCCCACACACACACGCUCUGUCUCUCUUUCAUUCACACACACACACACACACACACACACACACACACACACACACACAUUCUCCCUCGCACACACAGACCCCUUUGCUCAGCCAGUGUUUGGCCUCACAGCGGACCGAGGUUUCCCCGGCUCCAGCGGGCAGGACCCCCGGACAGGAGCGCGUUCCGCGGGCUCGGGCUGUGACUCCGCCGCUGCUGGAGGACUUGAGGAGAGGCGAAGGGAAAUAAGGGACAGGAGCGGAGAGAUUACGGGCUUUCCCGCUCUCUUUUCCUCCAGCCUGGGGGAAGAGAACCGCGUUUAACCCCGCAUUUCUCUCUCAGUCCUUCUUCCUUUCGCUGUUUUCACUCCUUUUUUUCCUUCUCUUUUUCGUUUUCCGCGCUAAAUGUGAGCGGGAAAAGAGUGGCAGUGGGGGCGGGGGACACAUUCGGGGAGAACCGGGAGGAGAGAUGGGCAAAUCCAACAGCAAACUCAAGCCUGAGGUGGUGGAGGAGCUGACCAGAAAGACCUACUUCACUGAAAAAGAAGUACAACAGUGGUAUAAAGGCUUCAUUAAAGACUGCCCCAGCGGGCAGCUGGACUCAGCUGGCUUUCAGAAGAUCUACAAGCAGUUCUUCCCCUUUGGCGACCCCACCAAGUUCGCCACCUUCGUCUUCAAUGUCUUUGAUGAGAACAAGGAUGGGCGUAUUGAGUUCUCAGAGUUCAUACAGGCAUUGUCUGUCACCUCCAGAGGAACGCUGGAUGAGAAACUCAGAUGGGCCUUUAAGCUUUAUGAUCUUGACAAUGAUGGCUACAUAACACGUGAUGAGAUGCUAAACAUUGUGGAUGCUAUCUAUCAAAUGGUGGGAAACACUGUAGAGUUACCAGAGGAAGAAAACACACCAGAGAAAAGAGUGGAUCGCAUUUUUGCCAUGAUGGACAAGAAUGCAGAUGGGAUGUUGACGCUGCAGGAGUUUCAAGAAGGCUCCAAGGCAGAUCCUUCUAUUGUACAGGCCCUGUCACUCUAUGAUGGCUUAGUGUAGCCAUGCCUCAUUAUGGCUCACAGGCAUCGUGACAGUCCAUUAAUGCCAUCCUGCUUGCUGUGUGGGAGGGUAGCUGAUGUGUCUCUAGCUUUCCUGUGCCUGCCUGGACCAGGCUCAGCACUGGUGCAUUGUGGGGGUCGUUUGUGGAAAGACUCUGCUCAGCCUCUCAUCUGCAUAGUUAAGGCAAAAAAACAAAGGUCAAGACUACCACCUUAAUUCCUGCAUCUUCUGAAGAACUGCUGAAGUGGGAGGUUUUUCAUAUUUUCUGUAGAAAAUCCAUUGAAAUCCAUGAAUUGAAAACAUUUCCUUUGAAGGAUGGAGAGAAACACCCACAUGAGAGAUGUUUGCUUUCCACGACUGCAGUCCACGUGUAUAAAAUUCUGUAUACUACUGAAAAACAGUGGACAUGGACCUGGCCUGGCCUGGUGUGGCUUUGAUUUCGAUCCACGAAUCAAGAGAAAGACACUGAGAAACAACACACCUCCAUAAAGCCUUCAAACAAUCUGUCAACCUGAAAAAGGACAGCUUGCUGCAGUAUCAUACUGUAUUAUAAAUAUAAAUAUAUACGCCAUCAAACAACAGCCUCUCCCUACAGAUAUGUUAGGUGAUAACUGUGAUACUGGAGCAUUGGGUAAUGGACAGUAAACUGUAAUGGUACUGAAACUUGUAAAUGAUUGAAACAUCUAAGGAUGUGAAAAAGUGCAGUUGUACUAUAUUUCCUUUCAAAUAUGCAGAAAAGCAUCCAGUAUUUAUUUGUCUUAUUUAUAUGAUCGGUUUGAGCUGUUUUAAGACAUUUUGUUUGCACAAAGAUGAUGUAUCACUGAUAUAUUUUUAAGUGUAAAAUGCAAUGGUCUCGUGAUCCUGUCCUGAUCAUUUUGGCUCAUGUGACCCAUGUGUUUUGAGUUUAUUUAACACUGGUGUGUCAAAUCAGAUCCCUUUCUGCAGUCUUGCUUUUUGUUUUUCCAGCUUGAACUAAUGCACCUCUUCAGAAGUGUUCCUUGUACUACAGUACAGUAUUGGCCUAUAAAGCCUGACUGCACAGCAUGAAAUUCUGAAGUAUCCUGAAGUAUUGUAUGCUCGAUUUGAAAUGUCCUGUUAACACACCAGACAAUGAUUUGAUUCCCAUUAUUAUUGGUGCUUAUACCUCACAUUACAUUUGUAUGCACUCUAUGCUUGUCUUUUUAAGCCGGUAUUGGGUAUGGAUUUGUAAAGAAAAAAAAAAUGAAAGUAUUUUCCAGUAGCCUGUAACACACCAUCAAACUUCUGCUCUCAGUAGGUAAAUGACUUGGAUUUCUAAAAAACAUAUGUAUUGCUAUCACAUUCACCUAAUCAGUACAAUAUAGUGCAUAGAAUCACAUUGCACCUUAUGUUGUGAUAUGUGUUAACUGAGGUUCCUGAAUAAAACAUCCUGGCUUCAAA